AUGGGCGUAUUUAAUUUUGUUGAUGAUGGUACAAUACCUGGUUGUGCUGUUCUAAAAUUAUCCGAUGGACGUAAACGUUCAAUGUCACUUUGGGUUGAAUUUAUAACAGCAAGUGGUUAUUUAUCAGCACGUAAAAUUCGUUCACGUUUUCAAGCUCUUGUUGUUCAAGCAUGUGAAAAAUGUCCAUGCCGAAGUUAUAUACAAUUAUUAACUGAUACAUCUGAAGUACGUCUUCGCAUACGUGAUAAAUAUAUUGUACAUAUUGUACCAGCAUUUCUUUGUGCUGUUU